CUCUCACGUCCCACCUCCUGGAUGCAGAGUCAGUGGGGAAAGCUAGGCUUUCCUUCCAGAAACAAGGGAGAGAGCCGAGGGGACAGCUGUUGUGGAGGUUUCUAAGGAGACUCAGACUGGCUUCUUUCCCUGCUCCUGGGAGACGGCAGGAAACCUCAGAAGGGAGGACCGCUGCUCCCUAGCCAGCAAGCAGCCCCCAACCUGGAUGGAGUGAAAGAUGCGGCCUGAUGACAUUAACCCGAGGACUGGGCUAGUGGUAGCCCUGGUCAGUGUCUUUCUGGUCUUUGGCUUCAUGUUCACCGUCUCUGGGAUGAAAGGAGAGACUCUGGGAAACAUACCCCUCCUGGCCAUCGGGCCAGCCAUCUGCCUGCCAGGCAUUGCAGCCAUUGCCCUGGCCAGGAAAACUGAGGGAUGCACUAAGUGGCCGGAAAAUGAGCUGCUGUGGGCCCGCAAGUUGCCCUGCUUCCGGAAACCCAGGGACAAGGAGGUGGUGGAACUGCUGAGGACCCCUUCAGACCUGGAGUCAGGCAAGGGAAGCUCAGAUGAGCUGGCUAAGAAGGUGGGCCUCAGAGGAAAGCCUCCCCGCCAGGGGCAGACCGAGGUGCCUGUGGCCAGUUCCAUCACCACCCCCACACCCACGGAAGAAGGAGAAUGCCAGAGCCUGGUCCACAGUGGGCAUCAGGAGGAGACAUCCAGAUACCUGGACGGCUACUGUCCCUCAGGCAGUUCCUUAGCCUACAGUGCCUUGGAUGCCAAAUGCUCAGCCUGGGACAGAUCUGAGUGCCCUGAGCCUGAGGACAGCAUCUUCUUUGUGCCCCAGGACAGUAUCAUCGUUUGCUCCUACAAGCAGAACAGUCCCUAUGACAGAUACUGUUGUUACAUCAAUCAGAGUCAAGGCAGGUGGGACCACGAGACAAUAGUCUGAGCUUUGCAUACAAGAGUCGCUUUGUUGAUAGAAACGUGGCUACACUCAGCUUCCAGGGGAAGGAAACUGCCCUGUUCCAACAGCCUUCACACUGUUAGAAAUUGACUUGGUAUGUGAUGGAUAUGCAAACCUGGGGUUCCUGAGAGCCAUGUAAAUAGGCAUGUUGGGGACAUAUUUUAGGGAAGGGUGAUAAGGGUUAAGGACACUGGAAGAGGCAUCUGGUAGGAGAGGAAGCAAUUCCAGUUGCUUUUUAACAACUAAAUCAUGCUGGAUGUUUUGUAAACAUCCAGAAAGUGGAUGUUUCUGGUAACCCAGAAAGUGCUACCCAGCACCUGCUAAAAGGAAGAAAAAUCUAGAGUGGGCUGCAGAUAUCAGCCAUGAAACGAUACGUGGGCUUGCCAUAGGGAAACUGAGCUGCUUUCAGUCUGAAUAAAUUGAAAGACAAAACAAUUUAGUGCUUCAUUAUAUGAAAUGAUUUUUCUCUGGU